AUGAUGUCGAGCACUUGGCUAAGCGUCCAUGGACUGGUGUCGAUCUCACCAGGCCCGUUACUCGGUAGUACGCUUGCGCUCGUGGUGUUCUGGGCCAUGCGUGAUAAAAGACAGCGACGAUUGAGCUGGACGAGCGUUCCUCUACCUCCUCGUGGUUAUCAACAUGUACCGAGUACGUCAACAACGCAGCCACUUAUUCGAGUAGAAAUGACGGCGGAACAGCCAACGGAAGGCUCAGCAGCGUUCCACAAUUGGGUGUUCGCCACAACCACGAGGGUUCAUGGUAAACCGUGGCUACUGCACCGCCCAGGACGUCCCGACGUGCUUGUCGUAAGCUCCCCAGCUGCAUUCGAAGACAUCCAACGGACGUUCGCAGUGCAAUUCGAGAAGGUUGACAGUGACGCUGAAGGUUUGACACACGACGUGCAUGGUGGAGUCAUUGCACUAUUGUAUAGCGGACACGUCAGUCCUUCUGUCUCUAUGCAACGACAACUCGCAGCAGCCGUCCUUGGAUCACCAGCACUGCGUCAACAAGCGUCCGUACUGGUGAAGCAGCACGUUGACUUGCUACUGAGCGCACUGAAUAGCAAUAGCGCGCUGGAUAUAACGAAGCUGAUGCGUCAGUUCUCGAUGGAAAUAUUCACAGAGCUGGGGUUCGGACUGCAAUUGCGGUCUGUGCCUGGAGAGCUCAUUGUGUGGAAGCUACAGCGACUCCUAGACAUCGGUAGUGAAGCUGCACUGAGUCGCAGUGUCGACAGAAGACGUCAAGGUGACACUCCGAUCGCUGCCAGUCGCGUGGAUAUGCUCGAACUGCUUCUACGCCAAAAGUGCAGCAGUAAGAGCUCGAAAGACCCCGAGUUUCUGGCUGAGUUUGUACUGAGUCUCGUAGUGGCCGCGAGGGACUCGAUGGCGCACACGUUGACUUACUGUCUGCAGUGUCUUGCCCAGCAUCCAGAAGAGCAGGAUAAACUUAUCAGUGAGCUAAAACACGCAGAGAAAGACGGUAAAGAUCUUCAAUCGGUAGUACGGCUUGAGGCUGUGGUGAAGGAGACACUGCGGUUGUACCCUGCAAAGCCCUUCGUCUCACGUCGAGCUAAACUCGAUACGGUGCUUAGUGACGGCACAUUCGUAGCCGCGGGGACCCAAGUGGUGAUGGAUCUCUACAGUAUGGCCAGACGAGAGAACGUGUGGGGCGCCAACAGCUCCCAGUUCCAACCUCAGCGCUUGAUCGACACAGCAAGCGACCGGGCGGCCCAUGUUCAUGUGCUGGCGCGAAUAUCGCCAUGA